ACCUUGUCCGCUAACCAGGAUCGACUGCUACACCACGUUUCUGCUACUUGCUCGAACAUGCUCAUCUCCAGACGAUGAUCCCUCUCCGCUCGGCCGACCAACACGAACACACUUGUUUUCUUGCCAGGAUGCUGCAGAUAUAUAUGCAGAAGCAAACCCAAACAGACGAUCUUCGCAUACAAGCAUAUUCUCAACGACAUAGCACCGUCUUACACAUACAUAGUCCUCGUUAGAACGACGCUAUAAUGCUUCAACCGAGAGUUGCCAUUGUCGGCGCAGGACCUGCUGGAUAUGCCCUCGCCGCGGACCUUCACGCCCAUCACAACUCAGUCCUCAUCUACUCACAUCCCUCGCACACCUCCCACACCGACGCCGUCAUACGCAAAGGCGUCCUCCGCUCCAAUGGUCUCAUCGUCUCCGCCAUCACUCCUCGCACGACGACCGACAUGGCCGACGUCGUGGCCUUCGCAAAGACCGUCGUCAUCACAGUGCCGAGUACAGGCCAGGAAACCGUGUGGGAGGAACUACGCAGAUUCGACCUGAGUGCGCACACCAUCGUCGCAGUACCAGGCAAUCUGUUCGGCCUAGUAGUGCAGAGAGAACUGCGCGACGUCAAAGUCAGAGCCAUCCUCGAGACAAAUCUCUCCCCAUACUCCUGUCGCAUGAGCGAGGGCGCCCUCGUCGUCCUCGGCAAGAAAAGCAGCUUCCACAUCGCCCGCCUCGACGAUCCCCCUUCCCUCACAAACCCAAUCCACCACCCCCCAGACGAUGACGCCGACGUGCGACUCCGCCUCACAGCCCUAUUCCCCCUGCACCUGCACUGGUGCGCCAACAUCGUCGAAGUCUGCCUCUCCAACAUCAACGGCGUCUUCCACCCGCUGAUGGUGCUGCUGAACGCCGGCCGCAUCGAGUCCACCUCCGGCGCCUUCUUCUUCUACCGCGACGGCCUCACACGCUCCGUCGCCAACGCCCUCGUCGCCGUCGACACCUGCCGCAUCGCCGUCGGUGCAGCGCUCGGCAUGUCUCUGCCCAGCGUCAUCCAGGUCAGCAACGAGUGCUACGGACACACCUUCACCGACCUCGUGCAGCUGGCGCGUGAGAGCGAGCCGCAUCGCGACUUGCGUGCGCCGCAGGGCGUCGAGAGUAGGAAUAUUGCUGAGGAUGUGGGCGAUUUGCUGGUUGCGUGGUAUGCGCUUGCGCGGGUGCUGGGGGUGGAGUGUGCGCCGUUGUAUGCGGUUAUUGUGAUGGCUGGUAUGUGUACUGGGGUGGAUUAUCUGGUUGAGGGUAGGGGGCUGGCGAGGUUGGGACUCGAGGGCGUGGGGAGGGAGGAGUUGAUUGCGCGGUUUGGGGUGAGGCGGUGAUGGAUGGAGGGUUGUUUAGGGAGCGGGUUGCAUAUGUACAUACAUACAUUCAUACAUACAUGUAUAUUCAUAAUCGUGUACACACCAGCUAUACACACUAAUUAGCUAUACCACACCACACCACGCCCCUCCCCUCCUACUCCCCCUUCACCGCAACAACAACCAACAACUCCAUCCCCAUCCGAAUCCACCCAUCCGCCUCCCUCUCCGCCUCCCACUCCACCCUCAUCUCCUCCCUACACCUCU